CCAAACACAACUGUGUUUCCUCUGCUCUGUCUUCAGCUACUGUCUGUGAGCUUCCAUCAUGUCAGACACUGAGGAGAUCGUAGAAGAGUGUGAACAGGAGGAAGAGGAAGAAGUGAACGAGGACGAGGUAGAACAAGAAGAAGAGGAAGCUGAGGAAGAGGAAGAAGAAGAGGGGGCAAAGGAGACUGCAGAGGAAGAAGAAGAGGAUGAGGAUCUGAAUGAUGAGCCUGAGAAAAAAGAGGAGGAAGAGCACGAGGAAGACUCCAGGCGGCGGCACAAAACAACCUACGUGCCAAACAUUGCUCCUCCAAAACUCCCGGAUGGUGAGAAAGUGGAUUUUGAUGAUCUUCAUCGUAAGAGGCUAGAGAAGGACUUCAAUGACCUUCAGACACUGAUAGAACUACACUUCUCCAACCGACAGAAAGAAGAAGAGGAACUAGUGGCGCUGCGCAACCGCAUCGAGCGCAGACGCGCCGACCGCGCGGAGCAACAGCGCGUCCGCGCAGAAGAAGAACGCGAGCGUCAGACCCGCCUGGCUGAAGAGAAAGCUCGGCGUGAAGAAGAGGCUGCAAAGCUGCGAGCAGAGGAGGAAGCCAAGAAGAAAAAGAUAUUCACCAACAAGUCAUUUGGUGGCUAUCUCCAAAAAGUGGACCAGAAGAAGGGCAAAAAACUUACCGCGCGAGAGGAGAAAAAGAAAGCCUUGUUAGAGCGCCGUAAGCCGCUGAAUAUUGACCAUCUUAAUCAGGAAAAAUUGGUGGAGAAGGCUCAGGACCUUUGGCAGUGGCUCCAUCAGCUGCACGCUGAGAAGUUUGAGCUGGCUGAAAAACUCAAGAGGCAGAAGUACGACAUUUACGUUCUGCGCAACAGAGUAAGCGAUCACCAAAGGGGCUCCAAAGCAUCCAAGACCUGUCGAGGAGCCAAGGGUAAAUCUGGAUCCUGGAAGUGAGAAAGAUGAGCCAAAUAGAACUGCAAAGUCCUGUGGUUUAUGGACAUUACAUAAGUGCACAACAUUGUAUUAACACACUAUAUCAAAAUCUUGAUUGAUUUAGCUCAAAUGAGAUAAAAACAAGCCAAGAUGAAUAAAUCUAGGGUAACUUAUCAUUUAUGUGUGUUAUCUAUAUGUGAUCUGCUUCUGCUGCAAAGUCCCUUCUUUUUUCU